AUGUCAGAACCCCCAGUUUUGGAGCGGCUGCCUGCGGGAACAGAACUCCAGGUGGGCUCGCACAAGGCGAAAAUCGUCAACUACAUCUCUGCCGGCGGGUUUGCGCACGUGUAUCUGGUCCAGAUCAGCGAAAAGCCGGAGUUUGCCUGUCUCAAGCGGGUGGUGGUGCCCAACAAACAGGGGCUCAAUUUGCUGCGCGCCGAGGUCGAGGUGAUGCAGAGGCUGGCGCAUUGCGACUACGUGGUCAAGUACCUGGACUCGCACGCGUCACGGGUGCCAAAAACCCACUGCUACGAGGUGCUGGUGCUGAUGGAACUGUGCUCGAACAAGUCGCUGCUGGAUCACAUGAAUGCGCGGCUGAGCACCAAGCUGACGGAGCCGGAAAUUCUCAAGAUCAUGCUCGACAUCUCGCAGGGAGUCUACGCGAUGCACAGACUCAAGCUGAUCCACAGAGACAUUAAGAUAGAAAACGUGCUCAUCGACGAUAAAUACACCUUCAAGCUGUGCGACUUCGGGUCCACGUGUCCCGUGCUGCGUCCGCCGCGCAACCAGCAGGAGUUCCAGAUCCUCACAAACGACCUGCUGCGACAGACGACGCCGCAGUACCGGCCCCCGGAGAUGAUCGACCUGUACCGCGGGCUGCCAAUCGACGAGAAAUCGGACAUCUGGGCUCUCGGCAUUUUCCUGUACAAACUAUGCUACUACAUCACCCCGUUCGAAACGGCCGGCGAGCUGGCCAUCCUGCACACCGCGUACCGGUUUCCGGCCGCCCCGCGAUACUCGGCUUCGCUGAAAAGUCUCAUCAACAUCAUGCUCCAGGAAAACCCCGCGUACCGGCCCAACAUCUACCAGGUGACGGCCGAGAUCUGCCGCAUGAUGGACGUCGACAUCCCCAAGGGCAUAGAGGACUUCUAUUUGCAAGGAGACUACAAACACCCGCCCGCAGAGCAGAUACAUCCGCCGAUCGACCAGUUCACCGCGAGCGUGAUCCCGAUGUACUCUCCGUUCAAGUCGAUGCCGCAGGAGCCUGUCGUGCCGGUGGUGACGGUCGACGCGGGCCAAUCGCAGCCGACCGAGGCCACAGGCACCUCCGUGGACCUCAAGUCGUCGCUUCCGUCCGAAGACUCGCUCGUCGACUUCAACAUGGACAGGUUCCCGGAGAUCCAGCUCAGCGGCGAGAAGAGGACGGAAAACCAGCCUGCGGAGCCGCAGCCCGCGCCAAAGUCGGGCGCGAAGUGGUCGUCGCAUAACCCGUUCCCUCACGAUCUGAUCGACCUCUCGACAGAAGACACGGUCAGAGCCACGAAACCCGAAGAGGCCCCGAACCCGGGCGGCGAAGCCGAGUCCUUGCCGGCCGCAGACGGUGCCGCGGUGCCGGCACAGCUGCUGGACGAAUCCGUCGCGAGCUUCACACAGCUACAGAUCUCCGCGUCCGAGUGCGGGUCGACGCACUCGGCCUCGCAAAUAGAGAGCGGCCCAGGCAAGCCUAAAUCUGAUUCAAAAACACAACUAUCUAGCAUCGGGGACAAUGAAAGCGUUUCCAGCUAG